AUGAAGCUCCUGGCCUUACUCAGCCUGCUGGCCCUGAUGCUGCAGGAAGCAAGGACAGCAUCUCUCCCAAAGACGGAGAGGGAGAGGGAAGGAGACCAGCCGCACAGGGAAGGCGAUUCUUAUGCAGUUCUGCAUCUGGGAGACUAUGUCCUGAGCCUGGACAACUACGCUCAGGUCAUUGACCUGAGCAACUAUAAUGAACUCACAGACUGAGGGGCAUGCAGCAGACCCAUUGUUAAAGGGACCAGCCUAGCUUCUCCAACCAGGACAAGUUUCACUCAGAGCACAGAGGCUCCAAGGACACCCCCCUCAAAUCCCACAAUGGCCAGGCCUACGACGCUGGGCCUGCUGGUUUCCGCGACCAGCCAUGGUAAGCCUGCUAACAUCUGCGUGUGGCUUGGUUCCUCUGCGUACUAUGACGAUGCUGACCUAGAAGAUGUCCCUCCUCUUCCCCAGACAACCGCUUACCUGUAUGCCCGCUUCAACCGCAUCAGCCAUAUUCGGGCUGGAGACUUCAAAGGGCUGACAAAACUGAAGAGGAUUGACCUCUCUAGCAAUUUCAUCUCCUCCAUCGAUGACGAUGCCCUCCUCCUGCUGCCUGCUCUACAGGAUCUGAUCCUCCCUGAGAACAAGCUGGCAGUGCUACCUGCGCUGCCCACUGGCAUUGAGGUCCUGGACAUCCGCCUGAACCCGCUCCAGAGCUCAGGGAUACAGCCUGAAGCCUUCAGGGCGCUGGAGAAGCUGCAGUUCCUCUACCUGGCCGAUAACCUGCUGGACUCCAUCCUCAGAUCCCUGCCCCUGAGCCUGCGCUCACUACACCUGCAGAAUAACGUGAUAAAGACCAUGCAGAGGGACACCUUCUGUGAGCAGGAACACAAGCACCCACGGAGGCAGCUGGAAGAUAUCCGCCUGGACGGCAGUCCCAUCAGCCUGAGCCUCUUCCCCAGUGCCUACUUCUGCCUGCCCUGGCUCCCCACAGGCCGCUUCACCUAG